AUGAUCAGGUUUGUUUUUUUUUGAACACCAGCAUAUAAUUCACAAGAUUUUGCAAAACUCAAUUUUGCGAUCUUCCGAUAUGUUUUUGUUUCUUUCGAGACUCUUUUUGACCUUCUAAAACAUGUCCCAUUGCAACCAAUUUAGUUUUUUUCGAUAAAAGGUGAAAAAUAAAACACAUUCACAAUUUUCUUGGAAGAUUGCUUUUAUAAUUUUCUACAAAUUUAGCUGUAGAUUCUCAUUUUUUCAGCGUUGUUGUUCUACUAUCGCUCCUUAAUUUUGUCACCACAUUCAGUUAUAGCAAUGGCGCAAAUCUCGGAUGCAUUGUGACAGUAAGAUUUUUCUCCAAUUUUUCCCAAGUUCUAAAUUGAUACUUGUAGAAAAAUCUGCUUUUCUCUCAAGGGAACCUGAUUCGACAACUCAAAAAAGAUGAAACUGAUGCUUUCAAAAAAUAUAAGAAAGAGCUCCAUUUAUUUAAUACAGUAGGUUUUUUUCAAUAAAAUUUAGUUAGUCUCCAACAAUUCAAAAUGAGUUCAGAAAAUUAAUGAAGCUUUCGAUAAAGCUGAAGAAAAUGAAGCCAAGAAUGCCACAGUUCCUCCAAUGCCAGUUCGACCAUCACUUCCAGCAUUUUGCACUGGUGCUGAUACAACUAUGUAUAUAUUUGGAGCAUGCUCUGUUCAGGUUUGUUCAAUUUUCAUUUUGUUAUUUUCAGUUUAUUUUUCACAUUUUCAGAAUAACAAAGUUUAUGUUGGACAUGUUUUCGCAAGAGAACUUGAAGAAAAAGAAAAAGUCAAAUUAGCCGAAUUUGCUAAGAAGAUCGCAGCUGUUCAACCAGGAACAACUCCACCGGCUGAAAUUUAUAAAGGAUUGGAAUUUUGCACAGAAUUGUAG